CGGCCCUCAUGUCUACAAGUGUGGUAUAAUUCCAGCAAAACUUGCGUACCCGAAACUCCAAUACAUUUACACAAUUUUUACUUGUCACUAACACUCCCUCACAAAUCUUUGAAAUGAGUAAGAAGUCAAUCUAUUGUGUCUUUUGAUUGUUUUAUAUUAUAAGCUCUUCACUCAACAGAUAUUAAGCAAAAAUAAAACAAAAGAAGACAAACAAUUUUUUUAGCUGUCACCGCGUAUUGAAAACGAUGGAUGUGAAAGCGUACAGCAUGAUACCGUGAAUUUGACAUUUGCUUGUUCGUUGUGACAAAUUGAAUUCGAAGAAAAAAAAUUUCGGUUACAAACGCGUCGAUAAAGAAUUGUGCAGAUUUGUGCUUGUGCAUAUUUUUGCAAAAUUAUUGAAAAUAAAUAUUGAAAUCUUUUAGAAUUGUGUUUCGUUAAUAUUUGUGAACAUCUUGUGUCUAUUAUUGUACUUAUAUUUGGAAAAAGGGUGAGUAUAGAAAAUAAUAAUUCAAUAUGAAGCAAAAUACAAUUAGUGCAUAUGUGAGCCGGGAAAAGGGCUUUUAAUCUAAGUGCAUCUAACUUUGUGAAAAAGAUGUAAAUUUUGAUUGUGAUCCUGAUGUGGAGGGAUUUACAUCAUCUAUUUCAUGAAUUUUCAAAUUAGUAUUUUUCACUGUAAUAUUGCAUUGUCCCGACGGUAUUUUAUAUAUAUUAUGUUAAGAAAUGAAUGAAAUUAAAAUGAAUUUUAAUGCUGCCAUAUUUUUAUUUCUUAAUCAGAUGGAUUCACCAGUGCUUUUUGAUGACACCUAUUUGGAGGAAUGCCCAACAACGUCUUCGACUCCCGUAAAAGAAAAAUUGACAUUUAAACGGAAGAAGUUCAACGUUUCUGGUUGCUACAACACAGAGGCAAACUUCUCAAAGCAACAAGUAAACAAUUUGCCUGUGGAUGGAAAUGAUGUUUUUAACAUGUUCUUCAAAUUACAGACACAGUGUGUUUUAAGGAUGAAAGACAGUGUAUGUGAUGUGUUGCGGCAUCCGUACACUGACGAAUUCCUGGCUUUGUGUAACUGGGACGGUAGGGGAGACAAGCAACCGCUAUCAAAGUUUCUGUUGUCCAACAUAUUAUAUGCUAAAUUUUGUACAUACGUACAUAUUAACCUAAAAAGAUGUAUUUUAAAUUGAUUUUUCAUUACAUUUUUU